AUCACGAUGAGUGCAGCGGUCCGUCUCUACGUAUACAACCCAAACCAUGUCGCUCCUAUCAUCCUCGCCAUUAUCGUGGCCGCUUCCCUACUCUUGCAUGCAUACCAGAAUUUCAAAUAUAAAUACUGGCGCAUAACCUUCUUCAUGGUCUGGGGAGGCCUCGUCUUCACCAUCGGAUGGGCCACACGUUGUGCCUCUACCUACAACCCAUACAACUCGGACCUAUACAUUGUACAAUACAUCUUCACCAUCGCCGGUCCUCCCAUCUACGCGGCAGCCGAGUACAACAUCUUGGGCCGUCUUCUGAGAUAUGUACCCAUGCACUCGCCUUUGCAUCCCGAUCGGGUGCUGUACGUCUUCAUCUACCUGGGCGUGUUGGUCGAGUCUCUUACCAGUGCUGGAGGCAGCCUGUUCUCGACGGCUCGGCCAGACAACCACAGCGCUUACAAGACUGGAGGCACACUUCUAGCCAUCUCAUUGCUACUGCAAGCAGUCGUGGAGUGUGUCUUUUUCUCCAUGGUCGUCAUGAUACAUCGCAGGUGCCUGAAAAGCGGCAUGCUUUCUCGAAAUGUGCAGCGUCUCUGUAUAAUGCUCUACGGAACCUCGACACUGGUCUUUAUACGAUGCCUUUUCCGUGCUAUUGAGGAUUUCGGUCUCUUUUCAGUCUACGAUACUGGAUAUUGUCGCGAGUUGUGUGCCACAGUCGCUUUCCAUGAAUGGUAUCUAUAUGUCUUCGAGGCAAUACCCAUGGUCAUCUACACGCUAUGGCUCAACUUGAUGCACCCUGGUACCAUGCUACCCAGCAACAAGAACAUCUAUCUAGAUAUCGAUGGCAAGACCGAGCGUAUCGGUCCUGGCUGGAUCGACAAGAGAAGCAAGUGGCAAACAUUCGUCGACCCUUUUGACACAAUCGGUCGCAGGAAGGGCACCCCAGCUCACGAAAGGUUCUGGCUCGAACCACACAGAUGGCCUCAGGUGCCCAACUCUAACGUUCCUGGCGACGUCGAAGUUGUCGCGGCUCCAAAGACUUGA